GUUUUGUUAUCUUUUCUAAAUUAUCUUCAGCAGAAGUUUAGCUUGACCUACUUAAUCUGCUAAUACUGGAGGUGUAAUUCCCGUGGUGAGGACUGAGGUUCAUGCCAUCCCACAGUAAUGGAAACCUCUCCAUGGCCUACUUUCAAGAUUUUGUGCUGGAAGGAUUUGGAGGUGGCCUUGAGACCCAGGCCCUGCUCUUUGCUGUGUUCCUGGCCCUGUAUAUGGUGACUGUACUGGGCAACAUUCUCAUGAUCAUUGUUAUCACCCUGGAUGCCCGCCUGCACUCCCCAAUGUACUUCUUCCUCAAGAACCUCUCCUUUGUGGACUUGUGCUACUCAUCUGUGAUCGCCCCAAAUGCACUGGCCAACUUCUUCUCCUCGUCCAAGGUCAUCACCUUUGCAGGAUGUGCCACCCAGUUUUUCUUUUUAUGUCUGCUGGCCACAACAGAAGGCUUCCUCCUGGGUGUUAUGGCCUACGACCGCUUCAUGGCCAUCUGUAGACCCUUGCGCUACCCCAGCACCAUGUGCCAGUCUGCCUGCACUCGCCUGGUGCUGGGCGCCUACUGUGGAGGCUGCUUCAACUCUGUUGUGCAGACCAGCUUCACAUUCCACCUCUCAUUCUGCAGCUCCAACCGCAUCAACCACUUCUUCUGUGAUGUGCCCCCUCUGCUCCAGAUCGCCUGUGGCAAUACGGCCAUCAAUGAACUUCUCUUGUUUGGCAUUUGUGGGUUCAUGAUUGUGGGUUUGGCAAUUGUGAUCCUCAUCUCCUAUGGCUACAUCAUAGCGACCAUCCUGAGGAUGCGGUCAGGAGCUGGGAGACGCAAGAUCUUCUCCACCUGUGGCUCCCACAUGACUGUAGUAACUCUCUUUUUUGGGACUCUCUUUGUCAUGUAUGCCCAGCCAGGAGCAAUUGAGUCCAUGGAGCAGGGCAAGGUGGUCUCUGUCUUCUACACGCUGGUCAUCCCAAUGCUCAAUCCCCUCAUCUACAGUCUGCGAAACAAGGAUGUGAAGGAGGCUGUGCAGAGGCUGGGCCAGAAACACAUGACCAUGUGAUGAAGUGUGUCCCGAAUACUUGAUGGAGUAUAUGGAGGUUUCCCCAGUGGGGUGGAGGAGUUAUUAUUUAGCAGACAUAAACUUCUGUCAAUAAGAGGAAACACUUUAGCAAUGUGCUGUACAUGUACCUACAAUCAAUAAUGAUAUACUGUGCCCUUAAAAAUAUUAAGCAGUAGAUCUCAGG